UAGCGUGUGUGUGCAACGUCAUUGAUCGUGGGCCCAAGCGGCAUGCGCUUCCUAGAUAAGCGUCGCCCACACCUCGACCGUCGCGCCAGGCCGUGAAGGAAAAGAAGAGGAGGAGGAGGAAGAAGAAGAAGCACAGCAACAGCACAGGAACCAACGCUACAUGGCCGUGCUGCUCCAUGACCACCCGCCGCCACCAUCACCACCACCACCACCGCCUUCUUGAUGGACGAGACUGGCAGCGCUGAGCCCCAGACGCCCACCGCCGAGGGCCGCAGCUCGCCACGGCCGACGACGCAAAAGAGCAGCAGCCAUGCGCCCGCAAAGGCAGACGCCGCCGCCGUCGAGUCGCACGACUUCGCCAACCCCACGCUCAACAUCAUCAGGAGGUUUUCCCGCAAGGCAUCGACAAGCUCGCUGGCAUCGCGCGACCCAACGCCGCCCCCGCUGCCCCCGCGGCCCGCGCUCGCUCUGCUGUCGCGCCCCUCGACGGCGCACUCGAUCGCGCCCAGGACGCGCAACCUCAGCGUGGCCGACGACGCCGCGAGCAUACUCAGCUAUGCGCGCACGGUCGACGCCGGCUAUCAGGAGAGCAUCCUGGGCGAGGUCAUGGGCCCGGCCGAAAAGUCGGAGCAGGAGAAGUCGCUGCUCCGCUCGCUGGGACAGAAGUGCGGCGACGCAGAGGCGCAGAGCAUGUUUCCCCCCGAUGCCGACUUCGAGGCUGCCUUUGCCCGCGAGUUCGACGACGUGGACGAGCUGGCGCCCGAUGGAUCCAACCAAGAAGCCAUGAUGCUCCAAUGGCGCGCCAAACUCAAGCACUUCCUCAUCCUCUCGAGCGCCGGCAAGCCCAUCUACAGCCGACAUGGCGACGACCAGCUCAUCACAAACUACAUUGGCGUCGUCCAGACCAUCAUCUCCUUCUACCAGUCGACCCACGACACGCUGCGCGGCUUCACCGCCGGCCAGGUGCGCUUCGUCGUCAUGUCAAAGGGCCCGCUCAACCUGGUGGCCAUUACGCGCCUGCCCGAGAGCGACUCGCAGCUCCGCUCGCAGCUCGAGGCGCUGUACAUGCAGAUUCUCUCGACCCUCACGCUGCCCAGCAUGGAGCGCAUGUUUGCCGCUCGCGCAAAUUACGACCUCCGCCGCCCACUGCAGGGGACAGAGACCCUGUUGUCGGCCUUGGCAGACGGCUUCACACGUGGAUCGCCGUCGACGCUGCUGUCGGCGCUUGAGUGCUUGAAGCUCCGCAAGUCGCACCGCACCGCCAUCAACCAUACAUUACUCAAGGCGCGCUCCGAGAAGCUGCUGUAUGGCCUGCUAGUGGCAUCUGGUAAGCUCGUUUCCGUGGUCCGACCCAAAAAGCACAGCCUGCAUCCCGGCGAUCUUCACCUGAUCUUCAACAUGCUCUUCGAGGCCGGCAGCGUCAAGGCCGGAGGCGGAGAGAACUGGAUUCCGCUGUGCCUACCCGGCUUCAACAAUACAGGUUAUUUGUACAUGUACGUCAGCUUCUUGAAUCUGGAAGAUCCCACCGAGCACAUGCAACAACGGCCUCGCACGAGCGACGGCGCGGACGAUGAAGUCGCCGUCCUCCUCAUUAGCGCCGACAUAUUGCAUGGAGGACAAAAUAUCACGACGCCCAACUCCCUUGCGCAGAACUUGCAGCGCAACGGAUCCAUCGAAGCGAUACGAACAGCGGUCCACCAAGGCCGUCCCACAUGCACGGACAUAGUCCCCGGCACUCCGCUAAGACACUUUCUGUACAAGUCGAGGGGUAACGUGCAAUUUACCAUGCCGAGCUAUGCUCCGUACUUCAACGGCGACCUGGAGAGGAGACGCUUGAUUGAUGUGUACAAUAAGCUUCACAGCAAUGUGCACAGUAAGCCCGCGUCGCUCAAGGUGCACCAUGAAACCAAUACGACGUGUAUGGCGCUCGCGUGGAGCACGCCCUUGUUCGAGCUGUAUGCUGUUGCCCCCGCGAAUACGUCGCGCGCCGCUCUGGCCCAGAGCGCAAAUCAGAUUGUCCAGUGGGUGCGCAGGGAGGAAGAAAGGGUUUUUAUCAUCGGCGGUGCGGUCUUUUGAGUGGCUUGCCUCGUCAAGCUGUAAUUCAUGUCACCGUUGGGAAAGAUAUGUUGACUGGUGUCCAUGUCAGAUGAGAAGGUGUGCGAGUCCGUCUACUUGAUGCCCGGGCAGUACGCGCGCCCUUUUAUUCAUGCCAAGUAGUUAUAGUGUGCAUGGCAUAUUAGGAACAAACGUGAAUAGAUGACACCCAUGAGGAAUAAGAUCAAAGACUUUC